UCACCGACUCGCGCCGACUUUCAUCAACCACCGUCCUGCUUUAUCGCAAUCAUUUGCAAUGGGAAAGCACACAUACUCAAGAGAACCUGCUAACCCGGCGAAAUCGGCCAAAGCGUGCGGGAAGGACCUUCGAGUUCACUUCAAGAACACUCAUGAAGUCGGCGCCGCGAUCAAGGGCAUGACCCUUGAGCGUGCCCAGAAGUAUCUUCAAGCUGUCAUGGACAAGAAGGAGAUCGUCCCCUUCAAGCGCUUCCGCAUCGGUGUCAAGGGCAAGCCGCAGUGCCGCAACUGGAAGGUCCCCGUGGGACGGUGGCCGACUAAGUCAUGCAAAUAUCUGCUAGCCAUGGUGAAGAACGCUGAGAGCAACGCCGAUAUUCGCGGCAUCGAUACCGACACCCUCGUCAUCGACCACGUCCAGGUCAACAAGGCCGUACGUGGGCGCCGUAGGACUUUCCGCGCCCACGGGAGAAUUAACGCCUUUAUGAGCCAGCCGUGCCAUGUCGAGAUGUUUGUGUCAGAGCCGGAGGAACCCGUCGCCGCUGGCGAUCAGGACGGCUCAGGCGCCCCGGCCAACCUCUCGAAUACGCGGCUUCGCUCAGGCAUGACUGCCUAGACUAGUGCGCUAGUAAAAUCUUUUGAUUGCACAUAUGUCGCAUUUUUUUGUCUAGUCUUAGUAGUGGGCAGACACGAAAGCACUCUGAAGGUUUGGCUUGCCGAUCUACGACUGCACUUCUCAAUCAUUUUGGCGCUUUCAUCAAAGCACGCCAAGCGACUUGCGCGCCAAGCGAUUUAAGAGACAAUUUCGAAUUGUGUUAAGGGGGACUAGGAUCGUCCGGGGAAGACACAUGAAACUUCAAUUCUAGUUUUGCGAUCCUUAGCCCG